GCUCAACUGCACCUCGGAAAAGACCACUUAUGUCCGGCAAGAUAGUGCCCCUCUACUACACCGGAACAGUUGGGGUGGGGGGGAUAAUGUCGCACUUUUCGUGUAAUUACCUCACGUUAGCGUUCAGAUGGUUAUGAAUGUUAUUAACUUCAGCGAACAUUAAACAGAUACACAUUGAGCAUGCGCAAAAUUAAAAAAAAAAGGCCGCCUUUUAAACAUUAAAAACUAAUUUUAAAAAAAAUGUCGACAGUGGGCGUCACACGGAGCUCUCACUGGUUAACUAUCGACAUAUGUGUUUAAAAAAUAGACACGGAAUCAAACAUGAGGUGCUUAUUGAUUAGCAGCUAAAAAAAAUAAAAUAAAAAUCGGCCCAACUGCCUAACGGGAUUUAAACGAAGGCGGAAGUUAGUGACAGGGAAGCCUCUCGCUCUGUUAGCGCUGAAUGAGUGGUGUCUUUUGACUUUCUGCUAGCUUUCAGACUAAACUAGAAGAAACCUGUUCGACAAUGCAAACAUAUUGAAUAGUUUUUAUAAUUAAUAGUCUUCUCGUGUUGCUAUUUAAUGUAAAAACCGCACACCAUUUGAACACUGUGACCUUAAAAGCUUGCCGUUUGUUGCAAGGUAACAGCUAAAGUUAAGAGGCUAACGUCACUUUGUCAGAGAUGCAGGUGCAGAAAGUCGUUCUCAACUCACGACCAGGUACAAACGGGGCGCCAGUUCCUGAGAAUUUCCGUCUGGAGGAGGCGACCUUAGCACCUGACCUGCAAGAUGGGGAGGUCCUUGUUCGGACGCUUUACCUCUCAGUCGACCCUUACAUGCGAUGCAGAAUGAAUGAAGACACAGGUGCUGAGUACCUGACUCCAUGGCAGCUGUCUGAGUGCGUGGAUGGCGGAGGUGUCGGUGUGGUGCAGUCCAGCCGCUGUAGUGCCUGCGCUGAUGGAGACGUGGUCACUUCAUUCAACUGGCCUUGGCAGACCUUUGCUGUUAUGAAAGGAAGUGCCUUACAGAAGGUCGAUCCGCAGUUGGUUGAUGGGCACUUGUCUUACUUUCUGGGUGCAAUUGGCAUAACAGGCCUCACUGCACUGUUGGGCGUAAGGGAGAAGGGCAACGUGACCAAGGGGGCCAAUCAGACCAUGGUGGUGAGUGGGGCGGCUGGGGCCUGUGGCUCCAUAGCCGGACAGAUCGGCAGGCUGGAUGGUUGUGUGAGAGUAGUUGGCAUUUGUGGUUCUGACGAGAAGUGCAGAGCUUUAGUGGAAGACCUGGGCUUUUCUGCAGCCGUAAACUACCGCCAAGAAGACGUCCCUGCUAGGCUGAAGGAGUGCUGCCCUGGUGGGGUAGAUGUUUACUUUGACAACGUGGGAGGUACCAUCAGUGACACUGUAAUCGCACAGAUGAACAAUGGAGGCCAUGUGAUCCUGUGUGGGCAGAUCUCGCAGUACAACAAGGAUGUGCCGUACCCUCCACCCUUGAGCGAGGAGACACAGGACACUCUGCGGAGUAAGAACAUCACCCGGGAGAGAUUUACGGUGCUCAACUACAUGAACAAAGCAGACGCAGCCCUCUUUGAGCUCAGUCAGUGGGUUAAAUCAGGCCAAAUCAAGGUGCUGGAAACUGCGGUGAAUGGCAUCGGGAGUAUGGGAGAUGCGUUUUGCUCUAUGAUGAAAGGGGGAAACAUUGGCAAGCAAAUUAUAAAGAUAUCAGAGUGAAGAAAAUCACCGUAGCUGCCAGCAGAGACUGCUCUCACCAGACGCCUUGGGAAAUUAACCUUCUGUUGCCUCUCUAUUGAUGCCGUUAACACUAACUUAAUGAACUCCAGUAUGACAUUGCUAUGAUUAUCUGAAGCCAAGCGAGCAAUGGUUGGUUUUAAACAUAUUAUAGCUGUACCAUUACAAGACAUUAGCAGACAUUGAACUGACAAAAGGCAGUAAAAGGUUAUCAAAUAAGCUUUGUAAUGUAGGUACAACUGUGUGGCUAGCUUAACUGCAAACACAUUGUAAGGUUAACAGAGGAAAAAAAAAAACGCCUUCUCAGCUAACUACCUCGCUGAAGAGUUAACAUUCUUCAUAAAACUACACCAGCCUGUACAACCAGAAUGCUUGUAACAGUAAAAUAAUGGUGGCAAGUUAUCAAUAACACAAGUUGAAUUACUAACACUACUUGGAAGUUCAGAGUUUCUGUAUUUAUAACAUUAUUAUCCUCUUUAUUUACAUGGUUCUUGUCUUCACCAGAGACCACAAUGGAGAUAAACCUCUGUAGAUGUGAUUUAAUGUCUCUUUUGAUGUUAAAUUAACGAUAUUUUAGUACUUUAGCAAAAAACUAAAAACAGUAGGCCAAUAUCUCAACAUUUUGUUCAUUCCUGUAAAGAAAACCUAAUAAAAUAGUUAUUUUAUGUAACAAAUUUGAUAACAUUUUUAUUAUUAUUUAAGAUCUGAACUUUGUAGAUAUUCACUGAGCCUUCAGUCUGCUAAACAGCCUCGUCCUGUAUUUGAAAAGAGCUGAAAGAACAACGGCCAAGAGUGAGGAGAAGGAAAACACUGAACUUCUUAAAAAAAGCAGCUUAUUAAGUAUGAUUGUUAACAAUAAGAACACAAAAUCACCAAUUUUACUGAAACGUCCCACAGUUACUGCAUUCACUGUGAGUUAAUAGUACAGUUAAUCAGCUGUUGCUGUGCUGGUAUUGUUAUGCAGUAAAUAUAAACGCAAGAGUACAUGCAGUGAUGUAUUAACAUUAGUUUUAAUGAAGAACGUUAGCUGUAGCUAGCUGAAGAGGCUGGUUUCCUACCAGUUAAGAUACUAACAUGCACAUGUCACCACCUCAGCAUUAAUCGCAUUGUGCAGAUGUGAUUCAAGAUCUUCUUUCUCACGAAAUUAAAGACUUUAAAGUAGCAUUACCUGGCUAAUUCUGUUAGCAUCAUCUCGACAGCUUAAGUGCUUUACUGACAAAGAUUACAAGGGUGGUGAUACUGCAGUAUGUAGCAUAUGGAUGAUGAAUAUUACAUGCACUGAAUGGGUUAGUGUUAAGAAGAGCUAUAGCUGAAAAAGGCUGGUGUAUAGUGUAUUUUCCACUAGUGUUUUCAGUUAAGAUACCUUCCCCUUCUGUCAUAUACGCAUGAAGGAAAUGGGAAAUAUAGGUAAAAAGGAAGUAGAUCAAUAAUGUGUGCCUAGACCAACUGUAUAGGAAAACUAAGGAGAAUAAAAUGAGAGAGAAAUAAGCAUUUUGAGUCAUCUGAUGAUGGUUUUUACUGUGUCAGGCUCCAUAUUCUCGUUUCAAAGACGCAAAGACAAAGUGUGUAAUUUACCGUAAUGAACAUUUUAUUUCACAGCACUAUAAACCAUUAACAAAA